AUGGCGCUGUAUGGCGCCCCAGUCUGGGCGGACGCACUCAACAAGAGGGAGAAUGCUGCCCUUCUGCGCAGACCCCAGCGGGCCAUAGCGCAGAGGGUCGCAACUCGCAAGAACCUACCGCACGGUAGGGCACACUGCGACGUGCGUCCUCGCUGGUACUCCUCCUUGGGAGCUAGAAGCUGGGGUCUUGUCUGUCGUCUAUCACUGGAUGGCAGACCAGAAGGCGCGUGGAAAGCGCCCGGUCCCGGAGCGGUGCGGCGCCGUCACGAAGACAUGACUCGCGCGCAGUUGGCCGCCAUUGGUCCUGUUCUGGACCAAUGGUUGGAACGACCGCACGGGUUCCUCACGUUCCGUCUGGCGCAAGUGCUGACCGGGCAUGGCUGCUUCGGUUCGUACCUGCAAAGAAUCGGUCGAGAGGAAUCCCCGUGUGUCACAAAUGUGGCGCGGCGCAUGACACGGUGCAGCACACCCUCGCGGUCUGCACAGGCUGGGCUGGCGCCGUGUCCUCACUGCGGUCGUGGGCCGGGAUCUUUCGCUUCCGAGCCUGGUCAUCGCCAUGCUGGGAAGUAA